UUGCUUUCAACGCUCUGGAUUAAUGGCUUGAUUAUUGAAAUCUAUGAAUUUACAAAAUGCGAAUAUUAUCAGUUUUUUCGUGUCCUGUAGUAAUUGUUGUUUUCCUAUUGAAAACAUCGCUCGGAUUUAGAAAGUGAACUAAGUUAUUUCCAAUACUUACGUAUAAUUUGCUUAGUGUAGACUGCAAGCAUGGGAAAUGAUGCUGAUAAAUACUAGAUUGCUUUUGUUGGAUUGAAUGAUACGUGGCAAUAAAUCAUUGAAGAAAAACAAUAUGAAAAUGAAGAUAUGACAUAUCGUGUGGCGUCGUCGGUUAUUUAAAAGAAGAAGAUGACAAUCAGGAUAAAACAGUACGCGAGCUGCUCCACGUUUCACGUUGGAGAUGAUGGCGUCACCGUUAACGUUGAUUGCGUGCCUAACCCGCACCUGACGUUAAAUAUGAUUCAGGGAAUUAUGCCUCUAUCUCACUAUAACAGAUUCUUCGAGGUGGAAAUAUUACAAGAUUCAAAAGACAAUUUUUUCAUGAUCGGUACAAACAGCAAGGAGUCAUCACCGGGGUCGGAUCCGUCCUGGAACCUACACCUUUCACUUCGCUAUCACUCAGGAGAUGGGGGGAUAUUUACGGCGGGAGAGGGACUUAAAAGCGACAACACUUAUGGGAGGAAGGGCGAUCGUAUCACUGUGUAUAUGGAAGAGUCAUUCCCCUCUCGCUCCUUGCUUAAUUUCUUUCUGAAUGGACGUCUCGUGUUCCGCCAGUGGGUCGCCGUCCCCCAGCGAUUCCUGUUUCCGGCCGUCGGCGUGAGCAAUGGUCCCGCCGCUUUCAGAAUCACCUGGCCCCAUUCUGGCGCUACUUCUUGUGUCAAUAUGCUCACGCUCAACUCCUCUCUGUCCAACUGGAUUGGCUUUCGGAAUAUAAUCAGGAAUGACGUCAGACGUACGUUGACGUUGGUGGAUUACGAUGACAAGGAACGGACAGGGUUCAACGUGCAGGCUCCUAGGCCGAUGGAUAGAGAAAGCUGCUAUUUUGAGAUCGAGCUAUUAACGAAGCUGGACCCCGAGUGCUGUCCGUCUCUCGGGCUGAGUUCGGCGUUCACAAGCAAAUUUAAAGCGCCCAAAUUGUCCCCUGGAAAAACAGAGCUUCAGUUACUCAAGGAAAUAAGAAUCAACGUUGGCGAUCGACUGGGUUGUGGAAUUCUUUUUGACCCCAAGUGCAGCAUUGAGCACCGGCGAACCCAGCUUGUUUUGGUCUAUUAUACAUACAGAGGAAAGAUUGUCUACAAGAACAUUCGUCAAGUGCCCGAGGGAGGAUUUUAUCCAUUGGUUGGUCUCCUUGUCAAAGAUGAUUCAGUCAAGGUAUGGUACCCUGCCACCCGAACAUUUGCUCUGCCGGACCGGACUAUUUUUGACAUAUGGCGACCAGUGUAUGACAACUUCCGGUUUAGCGAAUCCAUACACUUUCCGGUAGUCGAAUCCUCGGUCAAGGGCGGUAGACAAGCAUUUGUGGAUGUCGAUAACAUAACGCAGGCUGACACUCAGACCAAUUCUAUACAAUGCAUAUGCAGCUAUGAAAACCAGUGCUUCUUUAAAAUCACAGUGUUAGAAAUUGACGCCGAAUGUCAAAUACAAAUUGGAGCAGCGCUGAACGAUUUCCCAAUUGAUGGAAUAGACCUUCGCCACAGAAAGCAAAGAGCCUUCUUCGUUUCCAGAAAUACAGAAAAUACAUACCCGGUGAAAGAAGGUGACAGUGUUUGCUGUUGCAUCAAAAAGGCCGGUCAGGGAGAAACCGAAGUUUACUUCUUAGUCAACAACUCUAUUGGGCAGCGUAUUGUAUUAAAACACAACCUUCUCGACACAUACUACCCUAUUGUUUGCUUUACUCCCGGAAGCGCUCAAAUAAGGAUCACGUGGCCAUAUCACGUGAAUUCAAAAACAGCUCAAGCUGUCUCGGAGGAGGAAAUGAUGUUGACAUUGAAAGGGGGUGUCGAAGAAUUUGAAGACGUGAUGUUGAUUCGUGAGACACAAACCAAAGAGGAUGACGAUGCAACCACAAGAAUUACUCCUGACGAGGAAAAUGGUGUGGUUGAUGCUAAUGAUGAAGAUGAAGAACACGAUAAUGAGGACAAUGUGUUCACCCCGGUGAGCGACAGAGCGAGUCUUUCAGGGCCAUUUCCAGGCCCAGCAAGUUACAACGAACCACACACAUCGUCCGACAGAGGAGGCAAGAAAAAGAAACAUGGGUCCAGGGGAAGGGUAUCUAAAAGUGGGGCAUGUGCAAUUCUUUGAGGUAUCGACGGAUCUAUUAACCAGGGCCGUGAUAUUUUAAAGACUCAAUGGAUUAGAAGAGACUUAGUUGAAACAAAAUUAACAUUCACAUGGUUAAGAAACGUUCAUACGGAACAUCUUUCAAGCACAAAUCAAUGUAUGGUAGGACUAGAAAUGUGCAGGAUUCGUGCACUGAAUUAUCCUCCAUAAAAUAUUUUAUUCCAUUUAGCAGCAUUUUCGGUGUUUUUAAGAAUAUGCAAUAAUAACAUUUUGGUAUUUAUUUUAAAAUGAUACGGAAACAAUGAUGUAUUUUGACUCACUUUUGAGAUCUUUCUUAUCAAUUUCGGAGGAUGUUUUUCUUAUACACACCUUCGCCAUACAUUUAUAUACUAUUAUUUUUUAUUUGUACAUAAGAUGCAUGUUUAUUAUUAAUUCACUAAUUUGA